CUCACCAUCAUCAGCACCAUGAACAAUAUUUUGUUCAUCAUCUUGUCAAAUCCAUGGUCUUAUCUGCUGCACUUGCUCUUGCGUUCAUUGUUCUUUAUCACUCGGCAGAUCGUUUUGAAUUGCUCCCCACUUCAAUGUACAAUAAAUUUCCGGCGUCCGACGGAUUCUCUUCUUCGGAACUUUAUGAGUUGAAUAGAGUCUUACAAAAGGCAGCCACAACGAACAAAACUGUUAUUAUGACAACUCUGAAUGAAGCAUGGGCAGCAAAAGAUUCCAUAUUUGAUCUUUUCAUUGAAAGCUUCAAAAUUGGGAAUCAAACAGAAGGGCUAUUGAAGCACUUGUUAGUGAUUGCAUUGGAUCAAAAAGCAUAUGCUCGAUGCUUAAAAUCAAAGCUUCAUUGCUAUAGCCUCAGAACUGAUGGCAUUGAUUUUUCUGGGGAGGCAUAUUUUAUGAGUGCAGACUACUUGAAGAUGAUGUGGAGGAGGGUUCAGUUUCUUACAAAAGUUCUUGAUAUGGGAUAUAACUUCCUUUUUUCGGAUGCAGAUAUAAUGUGGUUUCGAGAUCCAUUUCCACAUUUCUAUCCAGAUGCUGAUUUCCAGAUUGCUUGUGAUUAUUUUCGGGGCAACCCUUCGGACAUAGAGAAUGCACCUAAUGGAGGUUUCACCUACGUGAAAUCAAACAACAAAACAAGACAAUUCUACAGGUUUUGGCACGACUCAAGAAUCCUUUAUCCAAAAUAUCACGAUCAAGAUGUCCUCAACAAGAUUAAACGUGAUCCCUGCAUCCAGCAGAUGGGACUAAAAAUCAAGUUCUUUGAUACAGCUUAUAUUGGAGGGUUUUGUGAACCUAGUAGAGACUUGAACAAGGUAUGCACCAUGCAUGCAAAUUGCUGUGCUGGUUUAGAGAAUAAAGUUCAUGACCUUAAAAUCAUGCUUGAGGAUUGGAGAAAGUAUAUGAAACUAUCUGAAAGCAAUAGAUCGGACCAUUCUUGGACAGUUCCACAGCUUUGCGGCCUUGCAUCUUUUGGCCGUCAUAGAUCAACCAACAAAACCUCAGAAGGAACAUGAUGAAAAUUCAUAAUGUGUUUCGGACUGAUGAGGAAUUGAUAUGAAAAGGCAGUCGAUUCAAUUGAAAAGUUAAACACAGUUGCAUGGCUGGCUCUCUCUAACCAACUAAAUCACCUCAUGUACUUGGCAUAUUCUAGUUGAAAGAUCUCCAAUCCUUGUAAAAAGUUAGAUCUCAUAUUGUUGUAAAGAAUUUUGAUAUCAGCUUACACUGUGAUGGAAGAGGAGUUGUUAUAACCCUCUGUUUUUUGGUUCAUGUCCAUUUGAUGACAAUAGCCCUUCUAGUCUAAUUGUGGUUUUACAUUUUAUUCAGGGUGUAACAAUUUUUUAG